UUUAACGCUGGGGGUGAGCGCGCGCUGCGAGCCCUCCGCUUUCCCUUUCUUAAAACUACUUCAGCAGAAACGCGCGAGGAGGAACCCAGCUCGGCCGACCUGCUCUCUUUCGCUCGCGCGCUCCACGCCGAGUUACUUUCCCUCUCUGUCUGAAUCAGCUCAGGAGCCAGACAUGAACGCAUGGAAGAUUGUCCUUGCUGUGCUCGGGGUGGCCGUGGUGGUGAUUCUGAUAGCUGUCCCGACAGCCCUGUUUCUGAAUGAGAAGAAAGAAGAGUCCAUGAGAACGUUUACUCUUAAUGACUACUUCAACAGCACCAUCAGGGCCAGAUCCUUUAACCUGCGAUGGGUCUCCGAUAAUGAGUACCUGCAUAAGCUGCCAAACGGAUCGGUCAUACUGGUUGAUCUUUCUGCAGCGAAUGAAAAGGAGUUUCUGAAACGCCAGUCAUUUGAUCAAGUGGAGGCCUUUGAUUACAUGGUAUCAGCUGACCGCAAGUUUGUUUGUUUUCUGAGCAAUUACACAAAGAUCUGGAGACACUCCUACACUGCCUCCUACUCCAUCUUUGACGUCGAAAGAGGGGUUUUUAUUACUACAGAUUUGCCCCACGACAUCCAGUAUCUGGCGUGGUCUCCAUCUGGCCACAAACUGGCCUACGUCUGGAUGUAUAAUGUGUAUGUGAAGGCCAGCCCUACUUUACCGUCACAGCAAGUUACCUUUAAUGGGUUACACAACAUGAUCCUGAACGGCAUUCCUGACUGGGUGUAUGAAGAGGAGAUGUUUUCUACAAACCAUGCCCUGUGGUGGUCUCCAACGGGCAGAUAUGUCGCCUUUGCCGAGUUUAAUGACACCAGCGUGCACACUAUCGAGUACUCCUGGUACGGCGAGGGCCAGUACCCCAACACAGUCAUCAUCCCGUACCCAAAGCCAGGAACACCGAAUCCGACAGUGCGCCUGUUUGUGGUCGACUCCACAAACGUGUCCAAAAUUAUGGAGGUCGUCGUGCCAAGUGCUGUUGGGGCAGUAGAGCAUUACCUGAGCACUGUCACCUGGGCGACGGACGAGAGAAUCGCAGUUCAGUGGCAGAACAGAACUCAAAGCUACGUGACUCUGCAGCUGUACGAACUCAGUGGCGACACCUGGGAAGAAACUACAGGUAUUAACAUGGUAAGCGCAACAGGCUGGGUAGGACGGUUUUCCCCAAGUGAUCCUGUUUAUCGGCCCGACGGCUCCAGCUGUUACUACAUCACCAGUGACGCAAGCGGCUUCAAGCACAUUCAUCACAUCAGCGGAAAUACUUCAACACCUAUAACAACUGGAAAUUGGGAGGUCAUUAGCAUUCUCAAGGUCACCAACAAUACAAUAUUUUAUGUGAGUAACCAGCACAAGAACCAUCCAGGGCAGAGGAACGUUUACAAAAUAUCUAUAGACGGCUCCACUCAUUCUCAACCCACCUGUCUCACCUGUACUUUGGCCGAAGACAGGUGUCAAUAUAACUCCGCCUCCUUCAGCACUGAUGGCACCUACUACAGAAUGGACUGCUCAGGUCCGGGGCUUCCAUUGUACACUCUAAGAAACAGUCAAGGAGCUGGCUCAGAGAUCAGGGUUCUUGAGGACAAUAAAAACCUCGACUCCAUUCUUAAAGACAUCGGCAUGCCCACGGUUACACACGGCACUAUGAAGAUCGGCGAGUUUGAACUCUGGUACCAGAUGACCCUUCCACCGAACUUUGACAAGUCCAAAAAAUACCCUCUGCUAAUUGACGUCUAUGCAGGCCCAUGCAGCCAGAAGUCAGACUUACGCUUCCGGAUUGGCUGGACUACGUACCUGGCCAGCACAGAGAAAGUCAUCGUGGCCAGCUUUGAUGGCAGAGGGAGUGGUUACCAAGGAGACAAGAUAAUGCACUCCAUUUACAAGCGUCUGGGCACCUAUGAUGUGGAGGACCAGAUCACUGCUGCCAAGUAUUUCAUCAGUUUGGGCUAUGUUGAUAAAGAAAGAAUCGCAAUCUGGGGUUGGUCCUAUGGGGGAUAUGUGACUUCCAUGGUUCUGGGAGCCGGCAGUGGAGUUUUUAAAUGUGGCAUGGCUGUCGCACCGGUGUCAAAAUGGGAAUAUUAUGACACUAUUUACACUGAGCGCUACAUGCUGACCCCAUCACAAAACCAGGCCUUUUAUGACAAUUCCACAGUAACUGGCCGGGCGAAGAACUUCAAAUCAGUGCAGUACCUGCUGGUGCACGGCACAGCGGACGACAAUGUUCACUUCCAGCAAGCUGCCCAGAUCUCCAAAGCUCUUGUGGAUGAACAAGUGGACUUUGAAUCAAUGUGGUAUACAGAUGAGGAUCACAGUCUUGGAGGAUCAGCCAAUCAGCAUGUGUAUACACACAUGAGUCACUUCCUGAAGAAGUGUUUUGCAUGAGAUGUUCCUCAAACGUUGACGUUUCACUUCCUCUGGUCUCGAAUCACUUCCUGAAGAACUCCUUAGAUUUUCCCUGACUCACCAAACUUUCUAAACAUCUUCGCUUGAGACACUCCACAGUUUGACAGCUCUGAAGUCCAUAAAACAAACCUCCCCCGCAUCACAGAAGAUCUGAGGAAAACUCAUAAACUGAUUCAGCGUUUUUGCGUUUUGCCUUGAACCCACUAUGAACUGCUGCAUCCCAGUCCAUGUAUGUCUUUCUCCAACUUCCACAACACAUCAUCCUCCUGAUCAGCCCUGGAUGAAGACUCAAUGUGACACCUGAUCAAAAAACACUGCAAUUAAAAUCAAAUUCAGAGACUUUUUUAUCAGCACUGUUUAAAGUAAGUUAAUAUAUCAGUACAGUGUUAUUCAUGCUUGAUGAACCAGCGUAAACUAUCUUUUUUAAUGUUUUGUCCCAUUAGAAUUUUAAUAUCUGUGGCCAGAUUUACAGCCCAUUCCCCCUUCCCAAUUCAGUAAAAUUAUUAUAUUAAUAUUAAUAUUUUAUGUUAUUGAAAUAUUUCUCAGCACUCCUUUGCCAGAUGUCCAUGUGUAUCAUUGAACUUUAUUUUCAGUAUUUUCUAUUAUUCAUUUCCUAAUAUUUUCAACACUUUUUUCAGUCAUGUUGGCAUUAAUUUUGUGCCAAGCUGGUGAGAGCUAACUCCAAAUCUAAUCUAACUCUCUCAUCUUUCAUUUUUACAGAUUUUAACUUGUAAAACACUGUAAUCACACUGUUUCCAAAGUAUUUAUUGUAGAUUCAUUAGAAAUGUAAUUUGAGACAAAUUAUUUGCUACAAGUGUGAUAAAUUUGUAAUAAAAUAUGGAUAAAAUGUUUAAAACUGAA